CUGUCAGUUUGUAUUUGAACUCCCGUCAACGUGGACGCGAAUUUCGAGCUGGCUGCUAGAGGCUAGCUAGCGCUGUUAUCUACCGUUCUUGGGAAAAUCAAAAACCCUAACGCAUCACUCUUCUCUCUGUGCGGAGGUGUCGUCCUCAGGCGUUGUGUUAGCUGUUUGGAUAAGCAGUGUUCACACAGUGGUGGCAGCAUGUAGGAGCCCUGAAAGGACUACACCGUUGUCGAUUGUUCCGGUUGGAUUUAGUGUUGACUUGUGGUGUGUGGGAAAAAAAUCGCCCCCUAGUUGGUUCGCUUGGGAAAAGUGCGAAAAAUAAUUGAAAAUUAAAGAGUCCUUAACCGAUUGCGGGGAGAGCGUAAAGAGAACAGGGUUCGUCGAACGAACUCGAGUGGUUAUUAUUUUCCCAACAAGUUUUUUUUCUUGUGCAACGGAACGGAAAAACGCUCGCGCGAAGUUUAUUUUGAUUGGAGUUGAGCUCCGGUGGAAGUUGUUGGCGAAAUUGGAACGUGGUUAAAAAAAAGAAAUAUAAGGUGUAAUAGGGAAUAGGGAGCCGUAAAAAAGGCACCAAAAUCGCGAAACACAAAUAAGGUUACGUAAAGAGUGAAGGAUUAGCAUAUAGCCGAUGCGGCGGGGAAUGUGUACGCACGAGUGAAUUAAACCAGGAUAAAGUGAAACAAUAUUACAAUAAGGAUUAAGUGAUUAAACAAAGUGUUUUGGUUCCCACCGUGGUCGUACAGAUCCUCAAUGGAGUGAGUGACAAGCAGCACCCUUUCGUGCUCACCGUUUAUCCAGUACUUUCCUCGAGUGAGGGAGGAAAAUGUAAUUGCUGUGUUGUUUUCAUCGAUCCGUCAAGUGUUGUCCCGUGAACCACAAUGCUGGUCACACAUAUUAUUCGUUUACAGCAUAAUCCGGUUACUUCAUAGUGCUUCAAUUGAUGUUUGCUACACACACAGUUGUUUGACGAAGAAUUAGUAAGUCGAAAAUAAACUUCCGGCGAACGAGUGGAACCUAAUCCAAAGUAUAAUAAGUACUGGGAAAAUUGCACCUGCUCGCAGCUUUUCCGUUUGUGUUUAGGAAGAACAACAGCGCGUAAGCCUAUCAAAACAGUAUCCGAGUCGGGAAGCGGCAGUAAGCGCUCGUUGAAAGUGGGUGACUAAUAUAUCUGAUAGCAUCAUCAUUAGGUAUCAGCGGAUGUACAUUUUGGAGUAGGCGCAGCAUCCACCACUUUGAGGUCGUCAUCGAUGUGUGAAAUUUACCGCCACACCCAGCCCACUCCCACGAAUCCCCUCGCAACGUUUGCCAGGGUCAGCCAGGAAUAAAUGUGGCCAACAGAUAGCCAACAAUCAACACUAGAACCAUUCUCGGCCGCCACAGCAGCAGCAGCAGCAGCAGCAGCAGUAGCAACAGUACUGACGGGGCGGUGAAGCUGAAGAUGAAAAAUUUAUGGAAAAAGUGUUGCAAGCGGAAAGCGUAGAGUGUUUUUCAUGAAUAAUUUUCCCUCGCGCGGUGUGGAAAGCUGGCGCCCGUUUAGCUAUCGACUGUCACGAGGUUACGAGGCCGGAAAUUUGUUUGACUUUCGAACUGGAUUUGAAUCCUGCCCAGGUAGUGUCACGUGGGAAGAAAUUCGUGUACUAAGUUUAUUUAUUUGCUUCCGUUCCGUAGCGCUGGGGCGGAAAGUGGAGCGGUAUCCUUUCGUGCGGUAGCUCAAGCCGACAGUGAAGAUUCGUUCGGUGAUUUUCCAUCGCGGAAUUGGAGCUAAAAUAAAAAAAAAGUGAACGAAAUCGAUUUUCUACCUAGAGUCAGUGUUGAAAGGCGUAUAAACUGACAAACAAAAACUGAGAUAAAACAAAUCACGACCAUUAGUCGCGGGGAAGCAACCUCGAACGGGUGGUUGUAAAAAGCUAGCGAAGCGGUAAAUUGCGAAAAGCAACCCCGCUCCGGUGAAUCGCGAACAGACGCGGUGAAGUUGAAUCAAAAUAAAUACGAGGCCAUAAAUUUAAGCGGAGAACUUUGCAAUCGGGUGGGAAAAAGCUUUCCUGAGAGGGUUCAGAAAACCUUUCCCAUAAAUUAUCGAUUUCGAUAAACAAAUCAUAACCGUAAAAUGAGGCUGGAACGGUUAGGAGGGAUGGAAAUUUACGACAGCGAUCGAGGCAACAGUAGUGCCGGUGCUUGCUUCAGUUGCGAAGGACUUUUGAGUGGUUCUGACCAAGCGGACAGUGGCGACCGUUUGCUCAACGAGUGCCGCUGUGUUGAUGUGAGUGGCAGUGCUGGGCACAGUACUAGUACCAACCGUAGCACGGGAAGCCAAAAUGUUACAUCAGCCGAGCUCAUCGACACCGACAGCGAUGGUACCGAUAAUGAUGCAAGUAGUCAGAGCACAUUACUCAUAGGCAGCCAUCAGCUGCAGCAGGCACCCACCACCAGCACUGCCACAAGCUUACCGGCGGGGGGAUACAGCAGUAGGGCGGCGGGACGGAAAAUCAGAUCCCAUCUGCACCUGGUGACAGCCGUUGCCGUGGUGCUGCUGACACAAUUGACUGUAAAUAUUAGCAUAGGUGAAGCAGCCAGCCAGAUACUGAACAAGGCGGAGCCCCUGUUCAUCACCCGGUCGGAAGCGUUCAAGUUUGCCGUCGGCGACACCAUCACGCUGCCGUGCGAAGUGUCCUCGCCAGGAUCGUACGUGCUAGCGUGGAAACGUGGCAUCGCCAUACUGACGGCCGGUUCGGUGAAAGUGACACCGGACCCGAGAGUACGGCUGGUCAACGGGUACACCCUUCAAAUCCUGGACGCCACCGCCCAGGAUGCCGGGGAUUACAUCUGCCAGAUUGCGACCAUGAACCCGCGGGAGAUUACACAUCACGUGGAAAUACUGGUUCCACCCAAGAUUACGCACGUGACAUCCGGUGGACAUCUGCAGGUGCGAAAGGGUUCUCCAGUUCGGCUGGAGUGUUCAGCCACGGGGAAUCCGAUGCCGAACAUCACGUGGACUCGGAAAAACAACCUGCUGCCGAACGGGGAGGAACAGUUUACGUCCUCGGUGUACGUUAUCGAGAACAUGGACCGGCACAAGGGUGGCACCUACAUCUGCACGGCCAAUAACGGUGUUGGCCAAGUUGCAACCAGUCAGAUUAUUCUGCACGUGCUGUAUCCACCCGAGAUAAGCGUCGAGAAUCCGAUCGUGUAUUCCGGCGAGGGUCAGGAAGCGAUGCUUGUGUGCAUUGUGCACGGCGAAUCACAACCGGAAGUACUGUGGCACAAGGACACGAUGCAGAUCGAUCAAACGGAGCGGCAUGUGAUCGAGAGCCGUGGGGCACGGCACACCUUAAUCAUCCGUAAGGUGCACCCGCAGGACUUUGGCAACUACAGCUGCAUAGCGGACAAUCAGCUGGGUAAAACGCGGAAAACGGUUACGCUCACAGGGAAGCCGAAGGCGGCCGUAUUUCGCUCGAUGCCCAACAGCCAGUGGAAGGAUAGGUACAACAUUUCCUGGAUCGUCGAUUCACACUCGCCGAUCGAGGAGUACAAACUGUACUACCGGCUGGUCGAUGGGGACAUCCUGCAGAAUCAUGACGGUCUCUAUAUGGACAGCAGGAAGUCGCACCACACGUACAUGGGCGGCAAUAUGCUGGAGUACGACCGGAAGAUAACCUCGUUCGAUGCCUACUCGUACAACAACGCGUACAAUGGCCACAAUCCGCACCACAAGUGGUCCAAGACGGACUGGCGGGACGUGGUGCUGCCGGCGUUCCCCUACUCCCACCACUACACCCAGGGCAUGAGCUAUCUGCUGAGGGGCCUCGAACCGGACCAGCAGUACGAAGCACGAGUGCAAUCGAGGAACCGCUACGGAUGGAGUGAUUUCUCUGAAAGCUUUUUAUUCACCACGUCAAACACAGAUACCGAAAUCCGCGAUCUAAGCGUCACGCACCGUGGAUCUAAUGACAGCCCAGGGCUUCGGAGUCAACUCAGCUGGUUCGGCCUCGCCAUUUUAGCAUCCACCGUCACAAUUCUUCGAGUAUGGUUUUGAAAGUGAUUACCGGUGACGUAAGUGGAGCAAAAUUGCCGACAGCCGAUAGUGACAUGCCGACAGAGGAUUGAGUAAUAAUCCAGCACCAGAAUCUCCACCACCACCAUAAUCAUCAGCACCUCCAUAAUCAGUGAACACAAUUGCAGAAGCAACAACAAAAUCAGCAGCAUAUUUUCCGUCGGUAAUUAUUAUUAUUAUUAUUAUGAUUGAAUUCCAAUUACAGAUCGUGUUCGGUUUUUCGAAUCAAUUAUCGAAUGCGGUGAAGCGGUGAAUACUCUUUUGUAGGUAGAAUAUUGCUUCAUUUUGAAUCGCCGGGUAGUUUUGCAAACAGUCAACCAAAAACCGGUGAUCAAUUCCAUCACUUCAGUAGAUGUUUUAUUUUCAUUGCUCGAACAACGUAGUACACGAAUAUAGCAAAAAAAAAAUGAUGAAACCAAGAAGACUAUUUUUGAUAUGGUGAAAAUGUUGAUUUAAAUGAAAAACGAGAAAAUUAUAUGAGAAAAAAAACGAUCGAUGGGAGAAAGAGGGGCGAUAAAGUUAAUUUAUUUUUAAUUAUAUUUGAAUUCCCAAAAUGGGCGCACCACUGAAGUGUUUUUCCAUUCAGCCGUUCUACUAGCUCUUUAUUUAACGUUGAAGCUCAGCUCCGGUGAAGUACACCGCAGAGAGUUAAUGGAAAGUACCACAUGAAAAACGUGAAAAUUUGCGGCCGCCGUCGACACUGAAGAUCCGUCGAGAGCCACUCGAUUGAAUUAAAGGCAAUUUAAAUAAAAUAAUAAAAACACACAGCCUUUCGGAAGCGACCGGGCGGUAUGGCAAAGGGGUCGGUAAUUUAUUGCGAUUCAAUUUCAGCUUCAUUUUCGCACCACACUGUCGGCAUCUUCGCUAUGCGCUAUGUUGGGUGGGAAAGCCGGGAAAAAUUAUGUACCGACUGACAGGCAGGUCACCAAGCUAGGUGAGGAAUGCGUGAUACGCAUUUGCUGUUUUUCGCACGUCCGGGAGACUAUCGACGAUGAGGUGCGAGUUCCUGCGUGUGCAAAGUUGGUGGCGUGACAAGAUUCAUUUUUUUGUUGUUUUCGGCUGAUACAAUUAUGAGACUUCCAUUGAAACAGGAUUAUGAAUAUUUAUCAUCAUAGCCGAAAAAGAGAUAUAUGGCCCGAAAUCUGGGAUUAUUUCAAUUCCGUGCUAUUUUAAUUGAUAUCGUGUAUCGUUCACCUUAUAUUACUCUGAAGCUUCUGGGAAGCCUAUUGAACUUGUUUCGUCAGAAAAAAACUCCAACAAAUCUUAUUGUUGCCAAUAAGAAAAGAACCAGUAUCAAUUGACACAAACACUGUAUUGACAUUUUCGCUCAAAACAGGUGCUCCAACCUCCUGCACGAGCCAACGCACGAUCAGGAUAUAAUUGAGAGCAAAUAUUUUCAUCCUCAUACUCCUUCCGAAACUUGUUUUCGACACGUGAACGGGAACCCUUGUUGUACUUGCUGGCUUUGUUGCCUUUUUUCGCGCCACUUUUUUUCUCGGUGGUGAAACCUGCGGAAACGAGCAUAAUGAACAUCCACAUUUAUGAAAAUUGGCUGCGGCUUCAGCUUUUUUCCGACAACCAAGCUGAUUUACGUUCAUAGGGGGUUUAUUUCACAGAGCGAUCUAUAUCUGAGGGGAACCUCACAGUCGCGGUAUGCUUAUCAAAGAGACACACACGCACGCGUACAUUCAACGUGCUUGUCAUUUAUAUUUUGUUGAAUUAAUCAUCUUCGUUUCGGUCCUUCAUUCGAUUUCAACCAGUGAAGGCUUAGAAGUUUGAAAGCACUCACGUGGAUUUAUUUUUGGAAACAUUAGCACAGAUCCUAAUCACAAGGCAAUUGAUGUUAGAUAGAAGCAGAUCCUUUAUAUGAAAGUUGUCUUCAUGAAUUCCACAACAUCUGUGACACUUUGUGUAAGAUGAUGGAUGUGAUAAUGGAAAUAGAUUAAUAGAAUGAUAAAAAAAAGUUUGGAUACUAGUGACGUCCUAAGUUGAAAUGAUUAAGAUAAAAAUAGAGAGACAGCGCGCCGACAAACGACCAAACAAAAUGCUCGAUGUUGUAUCUUUGGCUCAAAAUACGAUACUGGGGUGGAUUGUGCCUGGUAAUCCUGCAAUAUGCACAGCAGAAAUUCAAAACAGCUUGUUUAAUCAUUAAUCCAAAUUGUGAUAUGGAAGUCAGUAGUACUCUUCGAUAAAGUUCUUUCAAUCGACGCUCACUUGUGCCGAGACCGUAAACUUUGUAGUGUGACUUCAAGCCGACGAUUUGAAUCCAUUGUUGGCAGAAUCAAUCUCUGCCUACAGCCGUUAAGCGGUAGCAAUCAAUUGAACGACGUGUUCAACAAAAUUGAGAGUUCGCGAAACAGUAUUCGGACUUUCUCGAUGAAUCUUUAGCGUUGAGUCACUUGGAGCUCAAGUUCACGAGGCUAACAUUGAUUCGAGCAACCACAGCCAUACUGUGGUAAAAGCUAAAAGCGUAAAGAAAUUAAAAGAGGUCUUCAAUUCAUCAUGCCCGUAAUCGAAUCCCUAAACUAUCGGCCAAAAUGAUGGGAUAAAAGGAAACGUGGAUCUCUUCUUAAUGUUUCAUCUCAUUUCAUUUAUUUAGUUCAACAUCUAUUUCAUGAUAACACUGAAUCAACAAUUUGCCUCCACAAUACUCGAUUUGUAGCUGCAGCUCUUCAACGUCGGUUACGCCCAACACUCGCCAAAUCACCUGCCUGGUCCGCCCAUCCUGCUCUCUGCACUCCUCGCCUUCUUGUACCAACCGGAUCAUUGAUCAUUAGUGAACACCAUCUUUGCAGGAUUAUUAUCCGGCAUUCUUGCAACAUGCUGCCCACCGUAUCCUUCCAGCUUUGGCCACCUUUUGGAUACUGGAUUCGCCAUAGAGUGCAGCGAGCUCAUCGUGGUUUAUCCUUCGCCGCCACACACCGUUCUCCUGCACACCGCCGAAGAUCGUCCUUAGCACCCGUCGCUCGAAAACUCCUAGCGCUUGCAGGUCCUCCUCGAGCAUGGUCCAAGUCUCGUGCCCGUAGAGAACCACCAGUCUUAUAAGCGUUUUCUACAUGGUGCAUUUGGUGCGGGGGGAAUCUUUCUUGACCGCAGUUUCUUCUGGAGCCCAUAGUAGGCCCGACUUGCACUGAUGAUGCGUCUUCGGAUUUCACGGCUAACGUUAUUGUCAGGAUUCCAGGUAAACAAAAUCCUCCACUACCUCGAAGGUAUCCUCGUCGAUCGUAACGCUGCUUCCUAGCCGGAUCCUGUCAUUUUCGGUUCUACCUACCAGCAUAUACUUUGUUUUGGACGCAUUUACCACCAGUCUGACCUUCGCUGCUUCGCGUUUUAGGUGGCUGCCACCGUUCCAAAAGUUCGGGCGCUAAUGUCCAUGCCGUCCGCAAAGCAUACAAAUUGGCCGGAUUUCGUGAAGAUCGUGCCUCGGCUGUUGACCCCGGCUCGUCGCAUCACACCUUCCAGAGCGAUGUUGAAUAGUAUACACGAGAGUCCAUCACCUUGUCUCAGGAAAAGUUCACCCGAAAUCCUUACGCUGUUUUGUACACCGUCCAUCUUUGCUUUGAUCAGUCGAGUCAGCUUCCCGGGAAAGCUGUUUUCGUCCAUGAUUUUCCAUAGCUCUACGCGGUCGAUACUGUUGUAUGCCGCCUUGAAAUCGAUGAACAGGUGAUGCAUUAGGACCUGGUAUUAACGGCAUUUCUGGAGGAUUUGCCGCACGGUGAAGAUCUGGUCCGUUAUCGAACGGCCAUCGAUGAAGCCUGCUUGAUUACUUCACCCGAACUCGUUUACUUUAGGUGAUAGACGACGGAAGAUGAUCUGGGAUAGCACUUUGUAGGCGGCAUUCAAAAUGGUGAUCGCUCGGAAGUUCUCCACUCCAAAUGGUCGCCUUUCUUGUGAAUGGGGCAGAUCACUCCUUCUUUCCACUCCUCCGGUAGCUGUUCGGUUUCCGAGAUCCUGACUACUAACCGGUGCAGACAAGUGGCCAACCUUUCCGGACCCAACUUGAUGAGUUCUGCUGCGUUACCAUCUUUGCCAGCUGCUUUGUUAUUCGUGAGCUAUUGGAUGGCAUCCUUAACUUCCCUCAACGUGGGAGUUGGUUCUUUCCCGUCCUCAACUACACUGACGUAGUCAAAUCCUCCGUUGCCUUGGUCAUCUGUACCUACAUUCUCCGCACCGUUCAGGUGCUCGUCGAAGUGCUGCUCCCAUCUUCCGAUCACCGCACGGUUGUCCGUCAGCAGGCUCCCGUCCUUAUCCCUACAUAUUUCGGUUUGCGGCACAAAGCCUUUGCGGGAUGCGUUGAGCUUCUGGUAGAACUUCCGUAUAUCUUGAGAACGGUACAGCAGUUCCAUUUCCUCGCACUCUGCUUCUUCCAGGCGGCGUUUUUUUCUACCGGAAGAGGCUGCCUGCCUCCGCUUCUGUUUGUAUAGUUCCACAUUCUGUCGGGUUCCAUGCUGCAGCAUGACCGCUCGCGCUGCACUCUUCUUCUCCAAAACCGCUCUGCACUCCUCGUCGAACCAAUCGUUCCGUCGUCUCCGUUCCUCGUACUCGACAAUGUCCUCAGCCACGUUGGCUGCUUUUACUGUUCUCCAGCAGUCCUCUAGAGGGGCCACGUCGAGCUCUUCCUCGUCCGGCAACGCUGCCUCGAGGUGCUGCGCGUAUGCAAUGGCGUCAUCUGGUUGCUUCAGUCGCUCCAGAUCAGGUGGUCGUCGGUACCGUACAUGAUUCAUGACGGAUAGUUUGGGGCGCAAUUUAACCAUCACCAGGUAGUGGUCAGAGUCGACGUUAGCGCCGCGAUAGGUCCUGACGUCGAUGAUGUCGGAGGAGUACCGUCCCUCAAUCAGGACGUGGUCGAUUUGCGAUUCUGUCUGUUGCGGUGAUCUCCAGGUGUAAUGAUAAGGGAGGCUGUGCUGGGAGAAGGUGCUACGAAUGGCCUUGGAGGCGGCGAAAUCAAUGAGUCGAAGGCCAUUCUCAUUCGUCAGCUGGUGAGCGCGGAACUUUUCAAUCGUCGGUCUAAAUUCCUCCUCAUGGCCUACCUGAGCGUUUAAGUCCCCAAUGAUGAUCUUGACGUCGUGGCUUGGGCAGCGGUCGUAUUCUCGUUCGAGCUGCGCGUAGAAACCGUCUUUGUCAUCAUCGGUGCUUCCGGAGUGAGGGCUGUGCACGUUUAUUAUGCUGAUGUUGAAGAAACGGCCCUUGAUCCUCAACCUGCACAUUCUUUCGUCGAUCGGCCACCAACCGAUCACGCGCCUUUGCAUAUCGCUCAUCACAUCAUCUAUUUCGUUCGAAUUAGGUGCUAUUCGUUAGCCAUUUCCUCACUGAUGUCCUGCUUCAGGUGAAACUGAAUCAGGUUCUAACCCUAACCAGUACUGUCGAAAUAUAUUAACUGUCCACGGUUGAGGUUCGAAGUCGCGGUUGAGGUGCGAAAUCGCGGAAAGUGUUGAACGCUUCGUUGGCGUCCCGGAAGCAAAGGGGAAAUUAGCUGAUUCGUAUUCCAAGGUGAUACCAUGAGCCUUUACCGUUUUGUUGGAGAUAUAUUUGAUUGCUGGUUGAGUACCAAUUUAAUUGGCUGUCAGUCCUGCAAGGGCCUCAAUGAAGAACACAGUCGCUUUCGGCCACAAUCUCACUUUGUUGCUCACCUCAAAUGAGUUGAUUCGCUGAUGGAUUGGGCUCCGCCAAUAAAAUAUUAACGUAAAACCUCUUUCGUGGACAGGUUUACCAAGGGAGCUAAACCGCUCCCAGCUUUGUCGCGAUCUACUCGUAUAAUAUCCGGAGGUGAACUUACCCUAAUGCUACUGAGAGUUCCCAGGCGGCGCAAUUUCUCUCAAUAGCGAUGUUCGUUUCAUCUUUGUUUCUAUAUACUCGGAUAGUCCGCGACGGUCUUUCUCACUCCGACCGUAAAUUCCCCGGUGGUGAAUUUCUACUCGUUUUCAAGAUCCAUUUAGCUCCCCGUUUCGUCGAGAUAUAUUCGAUCUAGUGCCGGCGGUAGGCAUAGCAUACUCAACGGGUCAGCAGGUAGGUUCUACGGUCUAUCCGGGGAUUCUGAGUGGAGCAUAGCUUCCGGUUCACUGGCGCCCCAACGACCCGUCUCCGGUUGUUCGACACGACCUACUCGCUCUAGUGCUCGGUGGUGGAGCGUACUCAUGAGUUACCCGGUAGGGUGUCGUAGUCGGUCUGACUAGUUCGCGUCAAGCGUGGGGUCCGGUACACCGGCGCCUCGACGACUCAAAACCGGUGAUCGACGAGAGCUACUCGAGCUAGAUCCCCAGGGAUGGAUCACGGCGACCGGUAAGGUGCACUUAUUCAAACUGUCAGCUCUGGUUAUUUGUUUGUUUUCUCCAUUUCCUCUGCAUUCCACUAAUAAUCUAGAGACGGCAUUCCUUUUGGCGUUCUUUCUUCUUUGCACAUCUCUUGUAUGAACUCUCCGAGCUUAGAGCCCUGAACUAGUUUCACAUUUCCUCGCAUCUGCGGCAGUCGAAGGCCACUUACUCUGGUAUUUCCUCUAAACCCUCGAACUCCCGGUAAUAAGGUGAAGGUGCGUGAUAGAACCGAAGAAGAUACUUCCUGGAGUAGUCGUGACUGUCACAGGUCGCUGCUAGCUCACUGAUUUCCUUCUCGCUCGUAACUUACUAUGCAUCGUUUGUGCUAUUCUCUAGUGGAUGUCACUCGUUCUCUGUACUCACUUCGACGGGGACAGUUUCCUGAUGGCAAUUGGACAGCAUCUCUCUGCGCCACUUGGGGCCAGUAACUUUGUUCGUCAGCGCGGCUUUAUGUAGUCGAAAAAAUCUACAAAAAGACACUUGAAAAGAUAGCUCAGGGAGUGGGAUUGGGGAACCAUCCCCGGCCCACUAAAACGGUUGCUCUUACUACCGAACCUGAAUCCUCCCCAACACUACCUUAUGGUUUUACUUUGAGGAGGAAUUAUUUUAAGUGAUGCUAGUCUCUUCGAUAGGGUCUGUAUGUUCUGUAUGAAAGCACGAUAACUUGCUGUGGGUAGUUAUUUGGUGCUCUUGUCUAUGAAGACAAUCUGAGCGGCAAACUAUAGAUUUUACAAUUUACUGAACCCUUUAGCUCCCUAGUGCAAUUCAGCACCACAACUUCUUGGGCCUUUUAACGCCCUAUCCGGUGCCAUUUAGCGCCGUAACUCAUUGAGGCCCUUUAGCUCCCUUCUCGUUUGGGUCCCGACUUGUUCGUUAGGUACUCAGUGUAGUCUCCGACCACGGACCUAACCUACUCCGAUGGAGAAUUCCCCGGGCUGAGAAAUUUUCCCGAAACUAAGCUGACCAGCUAGGUGCCGAAGUCAGUUCGGCGAUUCCGGAGGAGCAGGGCGACCGGUUCGCUGGUGCCCUGAUGACCCGCGACAUCGCGGUCUACUCAGUCUAGUCCACGGUGGUGGAUCUAGCUUACGCCGACAAAGUUCUCCUCUGUGAAAGAAGUAGUUCUCCCGAUACCGAUUCUUCUUCUGUCUACGCUAUAUUUUUCUUAGGCAAACCGGUAUGGUGCCAUGGUCAGUCCGGCGAUUCCAGGUGGUGCGCAGCGUCCAGUUCUCUGGCGCCCCGACAACCCAUACUUGGUGCUCUAUCGCGGUCUACUCGCCUAAUCCCCGGCGGUGGAUCAAGUCUACUUCGGCGGAGAGUUUCCCGGUGGUGAUUGCUCUCCCGAAUCCGUCGAUCGCUGUUCAUCACGUCAUUUUUGCUACAAGGCGGUCAUGAUCCACGAGUUUAGGUUGCUUUUCAUUUUGUGGACGACAUUAUUCGGGCUCAUUCCAUCCUUUUCAACCAUCUCCCUGCGUUUCGCUUCGAACCUUGGACAUUGGAAGACUACGUGCUCUGGUGUCUCCUCAAUGUUUUCACGCUCUGGGCACAACGGUGACGUUACGUGCUUGAACCAGUAAAGAUGCUUCCUGAAGAUACUCUCGACGAUAUUGUUCUGUACGUUCAGCUUUUCACUGUUUCGCUUGGUUUCCAGUAUUGCACCCCAGGCAGUAGACGCCUCGAGCUGCUUCACGGAUCGAAGAUGUUUGGCAUGAUCCUCACUAUUGCGUUCAUUACCUUCGCCGACUUUUGCCAGACAAAGUCGACGUAGUUGUUGAAGCUCUUCGAUUAUCACUGCCAACUGCUUCAGUGUACACUUCGAUUCAAUCACGUGCCCUCUGAAGUCGCCGUCUUAUGGUGAGCUACAUGCAGCUUGACCCCCUCCACCAGUACUCGAUCGCGUCUAUUGUCUCCAUUACUGACACAUUCACUUCUUGAAGUGUUUCACCCAUCACCGUUAGUGACACGUCGUCCGCGAAACCCACAAUUUUCACUUUCCUGGGCAGCUACAAUUUCAAUACCCCAUCGUUCAUCCCGUUCCAGAGAGUUAGACCAAGAAUAGCUUGUAUAGCAUCACUCUGCUGCGGUAGUAGCUCUUCAUGAUCUGACAUAGAUAGUCGGGGACUCUCAUUCUGUGUAGCGCUGCAACGAUGGCUUCCCAGAUGGCGCGGUUAAGCGAAUUGUUCACAUCUAUCAUAACCACAGUAUAGUAUGGAUCCUCUCUUCGCUUCUGUUUAGAUUCCUUCUAAACGCUCUAGAACACUGUCUAAAUUGUAUCCACUGUCGAUGCUCUUUUGCGGAAUCUAACCGGUAUCUCAGACAGUCCGCGUUCGCCCUUCGUGCAUUUCGUCAACUUGUUAACUCUCCGGAGGUCGCACAAAUAGGAGUUUUCCAACUGAAUCUAGCAGGCAUAUAGGCCUACACGAUGUCGGAUCACCCGGUGGCUACCCGGCCUUUGGCAGUAACACUAGCUUCUGUACCUUCCAGAUUUCUGGGAAAUUGUCAUAUACAAACGCUGCUGUAGCACCAUCCUAAACAUGUCCCGAUAUACCAGGAUUGUUUAGCUUCAGCUCAGCCGAGCACAUUGCAGCUGGCAACGACGGGAUCUUCGUCAUCGACAUGGCGAUACGGUACGCGCCCGCCCAUGGAUUGGCUUCCGCGUCUCGGCACAGCUUCUUGUGACAAUCUAACUUGCUAAGCUUGAUCUCCCUGUUUUAAAGUGGCUCUAGCUUCCCGAAUCGCCACCUCGCGCUCAUCUCUAUGUGACUCUGAUCCCGCCUUAUGACUCUAAGCUAAGCAGUGCGUAGUCGUCUCGUUGUUCUACUAAUUGACUGGAAGUCGUCUAUUGCGUGGCUCUAGUUUUCGCAGCAUUGUGGCGUUACAAGCCGUCACAAUCCCUCUUGUUAGAUGAGCCGUAUUAACGUUCUCGCUUCCGCUGUCCGGGUGAAGGAUCUCAACGAAGAGGUUGCUUCCGUCUUCCACUUUCGCUCUUCGGUCAUCCUUCUCCGGUACGUAAUCAAAUAGCCUGGUGGUCGUUAUGAUAGACUCUCUGCGGUCUUUCUCAAACGUGCCAACGGAACCUUCGUUAUAGAAUCGUACGGCUAUCUUCGCUAGAGCUACCUGUAGAAUACACCCCCUUGUGUUGGUUACGCUACUGCUCCACUCCACAUUCCAGGCAUAAAAGUCACCACCGAUGACUGCCGACUUUCGGCGGAUCAAAUUAUCGGUGAACUCGCUUCACUGUCUGGCUGAAUUGUUUCACUGUCCACUUAUGAGGCGCGUAACAGCUGUACACGAAGACGUCAUUGACUUUGGCGAUCACAAAGCCUUCGUAUGAACUCUACCAUGGACGUCUGCCCAUAAUUUGUAUUGUAGCCGUUCCCAUUCUAUCCACCACCCAGUUACCGCGAUUAGGGGAGUCUUGAUGACUCUGCAUUCACAGUGACGCCAUAAAUAGUUUCGGUCGUAGACUACCACAGCAGUUGCUGUGUGGUGUCACAGUGAUUCGGAUGUAUCUGGAUUAUCCGUAUUAUCUCCAUCACCGUUGGCCUGCAAUUGUCUUCUUGUAGGUAGGACAGUUGAUGGUCAAUACCGUCCUCUGGACUGCAAUGCAUGGACUUCGGUCAUUGCGUGCAGUAUCUCGCAAUGUAACCAGUCCACAUUCCCAGCACAUCGUAGAUCUAUCCGGGCCUUAACAUAUCCGUGCCAAAUGUCCAAAGCCUAAACAUUUGAAGCAUUUUCCGCUUGUUUAUUCACUCGUGGAGUGGCUCUCAAUGGGCAUCUCGAUCAUCCAACCGUAACUUUACCUACUUCCAGCGCCUUGUCAGCGGCGGUUAGCGGUUAACGAAUCAUCGCUGUCUGUGUUGUUGCGUACCCCUUUUUUUACAAUGGAGAAUGCAUUUACGCACUUACCCAGUAAACGUACACGUGAACUUCCCCAUGGGAUCUACCCACCCAGGGCAUCAGCCGGUGAGCCCACCUACCUUUCGAGGAGUUAUUCCACUCACGCUGCCAUCUGGCGACCGAAGCCACCCUGGUACGCCCGCGAAUUCCUCUAUUGCCACGCAGCUCACAACACUCCUCGUCUUCCCGGAUGACCAGUCCGACUGGCAAUCACAUCAAGCGGUAAGUGCUCUCCAGUUUCCGAAGAUAGCUGGUUACUCCCAGUGCCUCAACAGGGUUAGCCUGUUAAGGAAGAUCCUCUCAAGCAGUUAGCCCGUCGUGUCGAUCAGGCAGAUUGGUCUGUAUGCCGACGGGUCGUCUGGCGGCUUCCCGGCCUCCGGCAACAGUACCAGCUUCUGCCUUUUCCAUUUAUCGGGAAAACGGCACUCGUCAAGGCAUCUCUGCAUAGCUAGCCUGAACAUGUUCGGAUUCGCUAUGAUUGCUGCCUUGAGAGCGCUGUUUGGAACUCCAUCGGGCCCUGGAGGUUUAUUCGUUGCUAGGGAAUUAGCCACUGCGAGUAACUCUUCGUUCGUCACCAGGGCCACUAUUUCGGCCGCACCCACAAUGCCUUGUGGCGCAGGAAGCCAGGGACUUGUAGCUCGAGUCGGGAAGAGUAGUCCUCGCCAACCGGUCCGGUGACCGUUCGGGGGGUGAAGAGCCCACUUUGGUCUUAGCCAUCACGAUUCUGUAGGCGUCACCCCGCGGAUUCGCUAUGGCACCCUCGCACAGGUUGUCGAAACACGCUCUCUUGCUGCUCUUAAUGGCCUUAUUAAGGAUCAAUGUCGCAGCUCGAAACACUUCACGAGAGCGGACUCUUACCUCCUCUAUGCGGGCUCGUUGCAUCCUACGUUUAGCUUUGAGGCAGGCUGAUCGUAGGGCUCCAAUCUCGGCACUCCACUAAUAUACCGGGCGUCUGCCAUUUCUUGGUAGGGUUUUCUUCGGCAUGGUGGCAUUGCACGUGCGUCGCACAGCUACCAGCGCAUCCCUGCUUAGACUAUCGGUGUUGGCCUCCAGUCCCAGGGCCACGGUGAAAACUUCGAAGUGAUUGAUAUUCCACCCGCGUACCUGGCAGGGAUCACCCGCCCUCGGAUGCUGCACACCUUAGUUGAUCCUACAGCGAAUUGCUAGGUGGUCACUAUGGGUGUAGCCCUCGUUUACCCCGCAGUCAAUGCCUGGAACCAGACCCGGGCUAACAAAUGUUAUGUCAAUCCAUGAUUCGACCGCAUUUCUACGGAAUGUGCUAGAGGAACCAUCAUUGACUAGCACUGCGUCGAGUUUCGCAAGCGCCUCCAGUAGCGCUUGGCCCCUGCUAUUUGUACAGCGGCUGCCCCACUCAACCGCCCAUGCGUUGAAAUCUCCCGCUAUGACGAACGGCUUCCGACCCACUAGGUCGGACGAGAGCCUGUCGAUCAUCCGGCUGAACUGUUCUAUAGGCCACCUUGGUGGGACGUAGCAGCUACAAUGAUGGAUCGGGAACCGUCCCGUUGUACAAAUUGCCGCCAACCUAGACCCGUCCGCCACCAAAUUGUCGCUAUCGGCAGGGACGUUGUACGGGUCGGAUGGGAUGGCGACAUCUGUCCUCGACUCCGAGACCGACUACCACAGCAGCUGCUGAGCAGAUGCGCAGUGAUUAAGAUUCAGCUGUGUGACGUUCACGGAUUCUUCUUACCGAAGCCUCCCCGAAGGGACACACGGGUUCGCCCAUAACAUGGUUGCGGUCUUGCUUCUUGCUGGCGCAAAUAAGGCAUUUUGGUGCCCUGUCGCAUUUCUGCGCCUUGUGUCCCUCCUCACCACAGCGACGACACAACUCUCUCCUGUCUGGGCCCUUGCAGUCGCAUGACUUGUGGUCGGACUCUAGGCACUGAUAACACCUGUCUACUGAAGGCGGCUGGGGUAUGCUUACUGGUCAUACUGACCAGUCGAGCUUCAGCUUCCCUCUCUCGAUGAUCUUUUUGGCUUCCGCAACGGGAAGCCUGAAAUAGGCUACCUGCGUGCCAAAGAGUACAGAGGUCCGCCCAAUCUCUUCGCCACACUACUCCAUGUUUCGUACCCCUUCUUUAACCCGAUAGCCAAGUGCACUUCACCCAGGUUGCACUGUGCCCUCAGUACGUCUCCCAGCUAGUUUACCGUCGUGGUCUCGUCAUGGUCAUUGCACACGAUCACCGUCCCCGAACUUAAGGUUUUAACUUCUGCCUGUUCGAUCAGUGAUUUGGUCAUAAUCGCUUGCAUAGUCGAGCUGUUUAUCGUGGCGUUCUCCUUCUACUCGAAGAGCAAUUCGCCUUUUUGGGUACACCGGGUUCUCACCACGUUAUCACCCAAAUCCAUUAGCUCCGAAUCCUCUUAAACUUUUUCAAGGAGCUCUGCAUGCGUCGUCGCGUCAUUAGCUUUGACCAGCACGGCUUCUCCCUUUGGUGUCUUCUGACGGACCGGAGGAUUUUCUUUUCUCUUCCGCUCCACUUUUCUAUCCUCCUUCCAUUUUUGCUGUUUCCCCUAUUUCUGCAUCCAACCUACAGCGGCACCCUAACUUUCUCCCUGUUGAGUGCCGUCUUCCCUUCGGCAGUGUGAGCGUCCUCGCGCGUCUGUUCUGGCCCGGCUAGUUUUCCGUCUCCCCGCGAGGUUCUUGCCCAAUUUAAACAAUUUAAGGUCAUCUGCGUAGAUAAGUUCGUAUCCAGGUGGAAGGACAUUACAAACGUCAUUGAAAAAUAAGGAGAACUGUAAAGGUCCGAGAUUGCUACCUUGGGGCGCACCUGAUAAAUUUAUAAAGUUGUGUGAUUGAAUAUUUCCUUGUUUGACAGAUAGGAAACGGUAUGAUUUGAACCACUUAUUGAAGCUGUGCACGGCAUGAAGCUGCUGUAUCUUUGCCAGUAGAAGGCAGUGAUCGAGGCGAUCGAAUGCUGCUUUAAGAACGGUAUAGACGGUAUCCACUUAGGCUCCAGUUUCUAUACUUUGAGUGCAAUUCGAAAUAAAUUGUACUGAAUGCGUGGCUGUCGAUCUACCAGGGUAAAACUCAUGUUGAACUGUCGAUAUAUAUGUUUUGACCUCGCGAAAUAGCAUAUCGCGUACAAGAAUUUCGAACAAUUUGGGGCCAGCACAGAGAGAAGUUAUACCUCAAUAAUUUACUAGGUCUUGAGAUAAGCACAUUUCUUGAAAACAGGAUAAACUAUUGACUAUUUUCAACACAACGGAAAAUUCGCUUGCGAUAACGAUUGGUUGAAAAUUAGUUUUAGAGGAGCGCAUAAAGCACUCGCUCAUCUUUUCAAGAUAAUUAGCAGUGACCCCAUCUGAACCGGCUGAUGUCGAGGACUUCAACUGUUCAAUGGCAGCAAUAAUGUCUUCAUUAGAGAAACGAAUAAUAUCUAUAUUUAUCGCUUCACAAGGAACAUCAUGAAGGCUGACUUCAACCCUCACUGUCGUAGCCAGAAUGCUUUCAAAUACACCCGAAAAAAUGGUUUUUCAAAUAAGUUACAGAUGGCACUGCUAGAACCAAGAUUGUAAGAACUCCACUCUCCUUGCGCUUUCUAUUCACAAAAGACUAGUCAUGUUUCGGGUUGCGCUUAUGGUAACACUGGAAUCCGUCAUAGGCUUUGUAAUUGUUGCUCGCGAAAAGGAACUCUCGCUUAUUAAUGGGAUUCCGCCGAUUAGUAUAGUGUCUGAGCGUAGCUGCUCUUUGUUGUUUAAAUUCCAGGAGCAGUCGGUUGGACCAGACUGGUUUCGGUCUAGGGCGUGGGGCAGGGACAUGUAUUUUGAAUAGACUUUUCAGGUAAAAGGAAAACAUUUCUGUUGUAUCAUUCACACCAGUGGCGUAGCCAGAUAUUUGGUUUGGAGGGGAUUUUGACGAAAAUCAUAGAUUUUUCAAAAAUGUUGGCGGGUCUAUUGAUGACAUUUAAUCUGUAGGCCGCGAUCGACUGGGUACUACCGUGUUCUGCAGUAAUAGCGAAAUGGGAUGGUGUGAGCGGGCAUGGGCGCCAUAACCCUACCGUAGGAAGAACUAAACACCUGUCCUGUCGCAGGUGGCGGUUGUGGUGGGUGGUGGACUACGAGACAGGUUAGGUCAAGUUCAAUGAGUGGCCCAAAAACACCACUUUACUAACAAUCAAGGAGAAAAGGAUGAGCUGAAAACUCGCAACUUCGAAACCGUAGCAGUGGAGGAGCUUUGCUAGACAGGGCAGAAGGUGUGGAAAUGCGGGGAUCGAGCGACGUCACAAGAGCUGAGCAAAAUGCACCAACGCGUGAUUAGCGAAAGAAUGUGUGUAGUGUGGAUCAAAGGCCAUUUCUUCAACUAGAGCAUUAUCAAUGUGCACUGACCUCACGAAGCCAAGAAAGGUGCAUUUUAUGGCGGAACGUUAAGCUCGUCAUCGGUGACAUAAACAUCCUGAUAGGCCGGGGGUAUUGUAAAAACCGGUUAUCGCACAGGAUAGUGGGUACACCUUAUAAAUAAUGUGCACAAAUUAUCACGAUUGAUAAGUAUAUUAUGACGAACACCUAAGUAGCGAAGCCGUAGACAACAAGAAUAUUGCAAGAAUCAGCUUGGAGACGCGCACAGUCGACAACAGAUUCCGGAUCUACCUAAGAUUCAUGAAAAAAUAGGACGGUCGAACCGCAGGCAAUGAUCAACUGUCAUGUGAGCUACUCAAACACAGAGUAGAGGAAUUGGCUAGAGCACUCCACUGGGUGCUUUAGAAGAUCUGGAAGGAGGAGAUUUUACCAAAGUAUAGGAUGUAGGGAGUAGUAUGUCCCAUCUAUAAAAAUGGUGUUAAGCGAGAUUUUUGCGACUAAUUACCGGUUAUUCACAUUCCUGAACUGCCGUUGUAUGCAAAGGUGACGUAAAUGCCAUCGAGUAUAUUUUCAGGAAAUCAAUUUUCAAAUCUUGCAUGGUGCGGGUAAAAGCAUGCUUUGGCCACUUUGUUUUUCGCAUUUCAACAGGUUAUUUUUUAUUUUUAUUUGAAGUCGUUUGCACUAAAAGAUGCGAAUUUUCGCAGUGAACUUAAAAAUAUGAAAAAGUUAAAUUUGACCAAAGUUGCGCUGAAGCCACUUUUGCAUACCAGGAUAGUAAACGUCAUCUACAAGGUGUUCUCCCAAAUUCUUUGUUACCGCCUAUAACCGUUAGUAGGGGAAUUCGUAGUGCAAUAUGGCCUAUAAUGCACAAAUACGGGUUGCAUUCAUAUCUUCAACCAAGCUAUUUGCAAUAAUAUUCUUGAAAACUUUGCUGAAGACACUUUGUCUCGAAAUAAGUUUGAUUGGAGUUAGUAAUGCAUCCAACUGGAAAAAUUAAUCACAAAAUUAUGCUACUAAAUACUACACCACCGAAAGCUUAUGGUUUCCAAAUUAUGGAAUCUUGGCGCCAUUCAGUUCGAUACCCAAAUGUACACCAUAAAUAGCGAAUCUUAGCUAGUGGCACUUUAUAUAAAUGAUAACCCAAAAAAUCAAAUGCAUAUAAAAACCGAUUCUGACCUGUUAGAAACAAGCGUAAAACGCCAUUUUUCAUCAGUUUCUAUGUAGGCGUUUUCGUUGAGCUAUUUUGUUUGAUAUUUACAUGAUAUUUAUAGGAUCCUCACUAAAAUAUUAGUAACAAGAUCCCAUUCUCACAAUUUACAAAAAGUCCCCAUAACGUUUAAAACAUUAGGUUCUCAAUAUAAUGAACAGAUAAUAAACUUCCAAAAUUAUUUUUUGAAUAUUUAAAUAAACUAGUCAGCAUCAAACUUUUUUUGUCUUCAAUUCAAAUAUUUUGGUUUGGAGGGGAUUUUAACCCCCAAACCCCCCCCCCCCCCCUUGGCUACGCCACUGAUUCACACUGUUCGCAUUAUUUAACAUAGUCGCCUAAUCAAUAGUUUGCAGCGAGUGGUUAAGACCGGCAAAAUUAGUAUUGGCAAAGUUCAACUCCAAAUCUUCGAGUACAUCUCGGCAAAAGUCUAAAAGAAGUGGAUCAAUAGAAGGGUGUUAAUAUCAAUAAGCAACUCAUCCGCCUGAUAUACAUGGCAGCUUCUCGAUGUUUCUUCAAUAAUGAACACAAAAUCUGAGGUGCGAUUACGAUCGUUUGUUACCGUACACAUCUGCAGCAAGUGCAGAAGGAACAGUAGAUCUCGAAAAGGUUGAGUCAGAGGGUCGGCGUAUGCAUAGUCGGAUGAAGUGCUUUUCCAUGCGAACAUUGUUGUGACUUGUUUUGUGUUUAGACGAUAGCCCUUUUUAAAGCAGCGAUCAGAACACCACCACCCCUUGUUUUGCCAGAAGAAGUUUCAUUACACCGUAUACCCAUGACCAAAGACCUAUAGCGAGUUUAUUUCGUCGCUCAACUAUGUUUCUGUCAGCAUAAUUAUAUCCUGAUCUGCAUCAAAUGUAGCCACAAACGGCUCGUCGAUCUUCGUGCGCAGUCCUCCAACAUUCUGGUAGUAUAUUCCCAGUUGUUGAGAUAAGUCAUCAUCGGGCGGUAGGGAACCAAAAAAAUAGUGAUGUAGUCAGGGUUUGAGUUGAAGAUCGCUAGAGGACGGUAGCGUAACUGGAGCUGUAGAGCUGUGAGCAGACAUCACUAGGCUAAGCGUUCGCUGUGUUUUUCUAGAUAUGCGGUCAAUUUUGCCCACUGGAUAUGGAAAUAACAGUGGAUUCGGUGAAUGAAAACUUAGGCGAAUGUUAACGAAUAUUAAACAGUCAAAAAUACUCAAAUCUAUGUUCAACUCCCAAGCUCGUAAAAGCUUUGAAUUUACCCCUAUGAAGUUCGCACUCCAGCUUAUGUUUUUUUAAUUAGGACGGAAAGUGAUUUACUUUACUAACGCUACUUACUGUCAAACUGUUGAACGGUAUUAAAGUUUAAAACUGACUCAGAUUCAUCUCAAAGAAGUCACAUUAGUUAACUACGCUUUUCUUUACUGACAAUCGCAGUAUUCGAUCCCAGUUAAUGUUUUAUUUCUUUACUUGAGUCUUAUCUUACGGAAUUUUAGAAUUACACACUUUGAAGUAAUAGCUAGUGUGGUUAUCCACAGCGGAUUUAAAUUGCAACUGUUCAUAAAACUUGAUUGCGAAGUAAAAUAAAAUAAAAAGCAAACAAGUGAAAUAAAAUUCUUUACUACAACUGACACAGAUUCCCCAAAUUUGGACCUCACAAGUCAAAAAAAAACUUUUCACCGAACAAUUUCCCCGCAUACAGGUGGUAUCAAAUAAGUUAUAAGCAACAAGGAAUAGUUACCAUCAAAAUACCAACCAGACUCUCAGAAGACCGGAGAGCCCAAUCCAAAUCUUCAAACAUCUCCAUUAUUCCAGAACAGUACCUGGGCCAGGUGGGAAUUUGGUUUGGUCCUGGGAAAUACUACACAUUCACACAGCCGCACAGACAUUUAAUUUAUCAGUUCUCUCUCGGAACAAGGAGACGGAACAAUUUUAAGCCGGAAAACCACCAGCCACGUCGUCGUUCCGAAAUGGACCAGGGAAAAGUUUUUUUUUUUGCGCAAGGAAGUCCGUACCAUUCUUCUCGUGCUUCAGUCUAUCGAUUCUGUUGUAGCCUGGUGUCGGCGAGGGGAUUCGGGUUUGUUGAGGUAGGGUAGUGAGGGGCCUAAAAACGUACAGGAAUUUAGAUGUAGGGGAGGUGUGCCUCAGAAUGGCACUUACAGGUGUUAAAAAGGUUUUUGUACAUUUAACAGUGUUUUAGUACUUUUAUCACACUGCAGUCAGAAUUGUUGCCGUGUUCUUUUGACGCCAUUGAAUUUUAUUAUUUCCAUAUCAACUUUUGGAUAGGGCUAAUAUGAUUUUUAAACAAACUUUUGUUUUGUUUUUUUUUUUAAUUUGUUAUAAUUUUAACACAGAAAACAUUUGAAAUUGAUUCUACCAAGUGUAAAGAUGUUGAUUCAUGUGAAUUUUUCAUGAAAUUACACUCGGCAGCGGAAUAGUGAACGAAAUAAGUUUGCUUACAAAAAUCUCAUAAGCUUUUGAAGAAUUAAUAUUGAUUUUAACUGCUACGCGUCCAUGUUUAUAACUUAUAAACUUAAAAACAAUGGUUUGUGCAGGUUUCGCUAACAAAUUCAAAAAAAAUCCCAUUGCACAGUGGUCCAGAAUGCAAAUUUAGCAGGAAUUUUAACUUUUUGCUAAAAUUAAAUGAUUUAGCCUUACAUCAUGUUUGGCAAAGUUGUUGUACUUUACAAGGCCCUUCUUUUUGUUUAAACCGAUGCUAGGGUGGUUCUAAAUUUUGCACGAGAAAUUCAAAUGUAAGCUUUAGGGUGUCCCUUAAAAAAACGGUUUUAUUUCUAUAACUUUUGAAGUUUUUAUAUUACGCUAAAGUACCCUUUGGACAACUUAAAGAUUAUUUUAGGGCACAUAAUUUACUUUAAAACACCAACUACUUAACUUUUUUCGUUUUAAAGUUAUAAGAACUUUUAUAUAAAAAUAUAACUUUUUCAAAUAUAAUUAUCUUCGAUUCGGUCACUAAACAUUGAAUACUGUUGCUUUCAUAUGAAAUAGCAUGCUUUGUAGUAUAGAUCACCAAAAAAUGGCAAAUAUGAUAUUUUUAUAUCUUGCAAUAUUUACUCAAAAAAUAGUUUAUUUUUAGUAAAAAGUAUAUAUAACUUUCUAAGGAGCGAAGCUAGAGGUUCAAUAUAUUAAGACAAAAUGUUCUCCUUCAAAAUAUCUCAAAGUAUUUCUAAAGUGAUCUUAAUGAAAAAUCAAAACUGCAAAAAUUAAACAAAGAAAACCAUUUUUUAAGAAACACCCUAAUUUUUUUGGUAAAUUUCUUGUAAAAUUAAAAGUAUACGACAUAGAGUUUCUGUGUCUUCGACAAAGUUUUUCAAAAUUUUAUUAUCUUCAAUUUUGUGGAAGCCAGCGAAACUCUAUCUCGAACCAUUAAAAAAAUUAUUUUUCUGAUUUAAAAAACAUUAGAACCACCCUACCCACUAUUUAAAAUAAUAGAAAAGUAUUGUAAAGUGCGAUAUUUUAUCAUGAAAACGAAACUACAUUUUUUAUGUUGUUCACCGUGAAAGUAAUUUAAACAUAUUACAAAGAGUCAAUUCAUGAAAAACCAAAUUUUUAAUAUAACUUUUUCAGUUUUCAUUUUUUUACAACCUAUCCUUCAGAUGUUUUUCAGCGUUUUUUAAGACGAACAUUUUCUUCUAAUACAUCAAAACUCUAGCUUUUAUUGUUCAGAAGAUAUAUGCACUUAAUAUUUCAAAAAUAGAUUUUUUAAAUCAAUUUUAUGAAAUUUAAAAAAAUAUCGCAUUCGCCAUUUUUUGCUCAAUUAUAACUCUAAUUAUGACCUUAUUUAUAGUUCAAAAAGAAUUAUCUUUUAUUUGCCCCAAAUGAGGGAUAUUGUUAUUCAAAACAACCCCAUUUUUGGCGAAAAAGGGCUCAUAACUUUUCAACGCAAAUAGCUAGAUAUACAGCGCCAUGAAACAAAUUAUUCAAUCUUAAUAUUGUCUGAAGACUACUUCAGUUUUGAAUGAAUACAGCAAAAGUGAUUGGAAUAAAACUGUAUUUCGAAGAAACACCCUAAGCUCCGACUUUAAAUUUAUUGUAAAAUAAAAAGUAUGACAGAUAGAGCUUACAUGUCUUCAACAAACUUUUCCAAAAUUUGUCGUUCUACAACUUCGCUGAAGGUCGUUUGGCUCUAGCUAGAAUGAUUAAAAAGUUAUUUUUUUAUCUUGGUAAAAUUAGAACCACCCUAACUGUUGUUUUAACAAAAAGAGGGGCUCAUAAACUACGAAAACUUCUCCAAAAACUUAACAAGGCUAAGUUGUUUAGUUUUAGUAAAAUCUCAAAAUUCCUGCUAAAUUUGCAUUCUGGACCACUGUGUAUUGCUGGUACUGUUACCCUUUGAUUGUUACUUUUAUCAGCAAAAAAUAAAGUGAUUGUUUUUUAUAUGAACCUUUUCUGCUGGAACAGUGUUACCAGUUCAGCUAGCGACGAAAAACCAAAAGUUGUUAUAUGUUAUUUGAAUUGUAAUAUUGUUGAAAAUUGAAGCAACUUGUAUACUUAGACAGGCUUUGGCCAUCAUUUCAUGAAAUUAAAAUAUGUUAACCCUUUCAUGCCCAACUUUUUUCUAGUGUACGUAGGGUUUCAAAACUAUUUUCCCUUGACGAAGGUGGGGUCAAGAAACACGAAAAGCCUUUUUUUUUCAUAAAGAUAGGUGCUUCCCUCGCAGUGCAAAAAGCUGCUCAAUUUUUACCUCCAAAUGUUCAAUACAAUUCUCCUAGAUUUUUUACAAUAGUCCACUUGCGUGGAAAACGUUAACAACAACAGUCUAAAUUGAUAAGUUUGGUCAGUUUUCAAUAAUAUUGCAACAUAACGAAGAUACAUGAAAAAAUUAUUUUUCGUUGUCAGCGUAAACUGUCCCUGGCAGCACUGCUCCAUCUGAAUCCAAUCAAACUAAUUGCAAUAACUUCAGUUCCAGAGCUGAUCCUUGUAACUGUUAACAAUUAAAUGAAAGACAAUAGUCACAUUUAUCAGUCUUACUUGUUUUUGUGAGCAAAUCUUACCUCAAUUAAAAAUUAUCACUGUUCAAAAACGUUGUUGUCCACAAACAACAUGGGAAUGAAUGGGUUAAAUAGCCAAUAAAAAUUGUAAUAAGCAUCGGAGGGUGAAAACUGAGCAGCUUUUUGUACUACGAGAAAUUCAGUUUAGAUCACAGCCAGCUGUUUUUGUUUUUGUUGAUCCCAAAAUUUCAGGGAUUUUUUUGCAAUUCUUUAGGUUAUAGUAAAAAUAUUGUCAUGAAAGCGUUAGAAUCUAUAAAUGGCAUCAUUACUUUCGAAUAUUGUCAUAACAUUUCGAAAGUUCAGCUCGAACCUCUGGACGUAUUCUUUGCAAUAACUAUUUUCACUGUUUAUACCUUUUUUUUGUUUCAAACACGAUUGACGCAGAUAUUUAAUAAAGAGAUUUCGCCGCUCUUUAGUUAAGUUGCUGUUGGAUAUCCUAAACCAAUAAACUUAGCGUCAAAGAGUAUGGAAAAAUGCGUCUUUAUAUCAAUCUAAAGCUUAAGGAAUACUUCUAAAAACUAGACACUGUAUCGUUCUAAAAAAUUUAAUUGUAGCUAUAUUAAUUAUGUUCAUUAAUUAGAAACCGGAUAGUGUCCUUCCAACACCCACUUCCCCUACGGGCAAAAGUUUUGUCCGGAGAAAGAAUUUUACUCUUCCCCUUCAGUGGACCAACCUGUCAGUGGUUGGAGACGAAUGAAUGCAAACGGUUGCAUACUUUCCUGCUUGGCCAGCAGCACGAAGUCGAGUGUCGAAGGCGGCGGUGCAAAAAUUGUACCUACUUCUCUUCUCUGUCUGAAAACGUCGGCCAAGACCAAGAGAACUGACGGUGACGGUGGUGGAAAACUUUUCAGUCUUUGCGUGUCACGUGAUAUGUAGGAGGUUUUGAUGUUUGAGUUUUUUUAUUAAAUUGUUAUCAGUUGAGGAGGUACCAUGGAUAACUUGAAUCAAUCAUAGAAUAUAAUCGUUGUCUCCUGUGCACAUAUUGGUGAAUCAGAUAUCGGACCAGUCGACCGAAAUGCGAAUAUAAGAGCAAAAUGAACACUUCACAUGAGUGCAGAUGAAAUGUAAAAAGCCUACAAAAUGUUGUCCCAAAUAUGAUUGUUUAACCUUAGUAAGUGUAAACGGAUCCAAGUAAAUUAAAAGAAAAGCUAGCAAAUAAAAUCUAUUAGAUAAACAUUAGCGAAAUCGAAUGUUAUUUAUUUCCAAACAACAAUAGUAAGAAAGAAAAAUCACUCGCCUCUAAAAAUCACUGAAGAACCUCUCACACACACAAUGAACAAAAAGUUUAUGAAGAAAAUCAAUCACUUUUCACACUUUACUCAUAACAAUUUAGAAGGUAAAUGAAUCCAAACUGGAAAAUGGGUAAAAAAAGAAACAGCCGUACGUUUAAGAGUCCUAAGUGUAUUAUUUAGUCAGUGUAAGAUAUCUAAGUAAAACUAGAGAAAAAAUGUGUAUAAGUGAGCAGAUAAGUAAAUUCAGUGUUCCCGAAGAGCGGAAACUGUGGCAGCGCGAAAAGCAAAUAUAAAGAAAAUCCUUUAUAUGAAAGAUAUACUUUUUAUGAGAUACUUGUAAGAAAACAAAACAAAGACUAAAAACCUUAGAUGCACUUUUGUACAUAGAAGCAACCACCCAAAGUGAAGAAAUAAGAAAAUAAAAAAAUCUAUUUCAAGAAUAAAUAUUAUUACAAAAAAAAA